AUGGGGAAGCCCAUGGACUUAAAAGAUUUUUUUAUGCUUCGCUGGCUCGCGUAUGCCUUGGAGGAAGUUGAUGGACUUGUUUGCCCUCCUUCUUCAGUGACUGUCCCCGAUCCACCCACACUAUUGGAGGAGCCAUCACCAAGGCUCAUGAAAGAAACCGAUGGUCAGCCUGAGAACUCAGGCGUCCUGACUUGCUGUGAUUUUCCUCCUAGCUUAAAAAGGCAGAUUAAGACCUACAGUGACAAUCAGCAACCGGCAUCCAGGAACAGAGUAUUUUACUCCUCCCUCAGAAUAGAUGGAGACCAGAAAUUAGACGUUUAUGCCCAAGAAAGGCAGGAUUUCAUCCAGCACUUAUCCCAGAUUGUCAUGGUGCUGACUGAGGAGGACACUGGGCACCCAGAGACAGGAGAUGCUAUUGCCCGACUCGAGGUCCUGGAGUACUAUGCCAUCCGAGGCAAGUACCAUCGGGGUUUGACGGUGCUGGUAGCAUUCUGGGAGCUGUUGGAGCCCAGGAAGCAAGAUGCUGAUAGUCUCCGGUGGGCCAUGACUGAGGGCUGGCGCGUGGAACUGCUCCAAGCCUUCUUCCUGGUGUCAGACGACCUCAUGGAUGCAUUCUCCGCCCGACGGGGGCAGAUCUGCUGGUAUCAGAAGCCAGGCAUAGGUUUGGCUGCCAUUCAUGAUGCUCUCCUCCUGGAAGCAUGUAUCUACCGCCUGCUGAAGCUCUGCUGCUGGGAGCAGCCCUAUUACCUGAACCUGAUCGAGCUCUUCCUACAGAGUCCUUAUCAGACUGAGAUCGGACAGACCCUGGACCUCAUCACAGCCCCCCAGGGCAGUGUGGAUCUUGGCAGAUUCACUGAAAAGAGGUACAGAUCUAUUGUCAACUACAAGACAGCUUUCUACUCCUUCUAUCUUCCUAUAGCUGCUGCCGUGUGUGUGGUGGGCAUUGUCGGGGAGAAGGAGCAUGUCAAUGCCAGGAAGAUCCUGCUGGAGAUGGGAGAGUUCUUUCGGAUUUAGGAUGAUUACCUUGAUCUCUUUGGGGACCCCAGUGUGAUGGGCAAGGUCGGCACUGACAUCCAGGACAACAAGUGCAGCUGGCUGGUGGUUCAGUGUUUGCAACGGGCCUCUCCAGAACAGUGCCAGAUCCUGCAGGAGAACCGUGGGCAGAAGGAGGCCGAGAAAGGGGCCCGGGUGAAGGCGCCAGAUGAGGAGAUGAAUCUGCUGGCUGUGUUCACACAGUACAAGGAGGACGUUAGUUACAGCUACCUUACGGGUCUCAUGGAGCAGUUUGCUGUGCCCCUGUCCCCAGCCACCAUCCUGGGGCCAGCACACAAGAUCUACAAGCAGAAAAAGUCACCUAGAGACUUGAGGGUGGGGAGGGGAGGCUCUCAAAAAAUUAUUGUCUAA